UAUAUAUGCUUAUGAUCAUUAUUCAUAAUAUAUAGGUCUGUUCGUAUAAAAUCCGCUCUCUAUAAAUUCAGUACUUUAUGUUGGAUAUAUGCAUGUGCAUCUUGUAUGUUGGCCACACUUGUUCUCACAGAUUUGAAGUUUCGCACAAUUCUUUCUUCCAGUUUUUUUUUUUUUUUUCAAUCAAAUUUCAACUGAUUUGUUUUAACAAUGCCACAAGAAAUGAACGUUUUGUGUUGUUAUUCUUGCAAAAUGUACCAAGUACAUAUAGUUAAAAAAGCACCCAAGUGGAACUGCAAGUUGUGUAAUGCAAAACAAUCUGUACAGCAGAUAUAUUUUCAAGGAUCUGGACGAGAUUGUCGUCUUCAUGUCCAACAAUUGAAUGCUAUGAAAGCAAAUAAUACAUUCUUUAUAUCUUCUGAGCAAGAUGAUGCUUGUGACACAUUUGCAAAUAUUCCUGAAGAAUCGGCUAGUGACAACACUGAGAACAAAUGGACAAAAUAUUUUGAAUCAUCAGAGACAGAAGAUUUGGUUUUUGAUAAGAAAACCGACGAUAUAACACCAGAUGAUACUGAUUCUGAAAAUGAAGAUGUUAACAAUGAGACAAAGGAAUUAUGUUCUAUGAGUUUUAAUCGUAAUUCCUGUAUUGAUGAUAGCUGCGAUAUGCCAGAUAAUACUAAAUCUAACGGGGAUCAUAUCAAUGCCGUCAAUAUUUUUGAGACUUAUGAUGAAUUAGAUGAUCCUCUUGACCUUUGAUUUUCUUAAAUGAUUCACAAAUUUCUUACCUUUUCUAUAAUUUAACAAAAGGAUAAUAGCUAUAUAUUUUAUUGAAAAAACAUGUAAGUUAAUUUUCUGAAAAGUAACAUUUUAUUACAGAAUUCAAUGUAUACAAAAUUCAAAAAAAUAUUUGUUGAAUUAUUUCUUCCACACAUGAAUUUGUUCAACAUCCUACAAUUUCAAUUAAACAUAUAAAUUAUUUGUCUACUUCUCAUUGUCUAUAUAUAUACACAUGUAUAUAUGAUUGAGUUUUUGUGGUAACUGAAUAAUCAUUUUAGUUUAAUGUACCUCUUCUCUUCUUAUAAUCAAAGAGAGAAAUGUGUAGUAUGUCAUACCACAUGGACAAAAUGUUUAUCUUCUAAAUUCUAGACGAUUUGAAUAUAUAUUUUCCUCCUAUUACAUUUGCUUCAAUGAAAAUAGAUGAAUAACAAUUUAAUAUACGAUACAGAGAAUUUUAUUAGGAAAAAUAGAAUGCUGAUUAGAAAAUUAAUUACUAUUGCUACAUAGAAUCUUAAGUUUUUAUACAGCAUUAUAACAUGUAUCUUAAACAAUAAAUUAAAUUUUCAUAAAGUAGUACAUAGUUAUAUCAUCAAAAAAUUUGUGAAAUAUAAAAACAUAAAUUAUAGAAAACUUGUAAUUAUGCUUUAAGCAGCAAUAUUUAUAUGUUAAAUUACACGUGCAUAUUAUCUUCAUAUUUUUUCAGUAGUUAUCUAAUAACUUUUUUUUAAACAUAUGUAUAUCAGCAUUUUACUUUCCCUAAUAUUGUACAUUGCUAAUAAUUAUAUUCAUUCUGCUACUAAAACAGCUGUGCAUUCAUUAAAGCAAUAUAAAAUGGUGACAUAUCACAUGAAAUUAAAACAGGAUUCCAAAUGAAAAUUCUACAAUUAUACGUGCAAUGAUAUUUACAAUUUUCAUAUAAUCUUGAAAAAAUUCUACUAAAAAGUUUAAAUCAUCCAUCCUUGUUCUAGGAUCAAUAUCAAGAUAUAUAAUGAAUAUCAAUACUUGGUAAAAUUUUUUGGCAGUGUGCAUUAUAAGAACAUCUGUAUUUUCAUAUUUUAUAUGAAGGCAAUAGGAGAAUUAAAAAUUAAAUUGGCAGCAUUUGAUAAACAUUUCUUUCCAAUUAUUAUGCAAAUAAUAAUAUUCGCAGAAAGAUCACAAUUGGCAAGGGAAGAUCGAGUCAUUUUUUUCGUUGUGCAUUCACAGUCUUCUAUUAGACAGUUGAUUCUAAUAAUAAUUUGUCGUAUUCAAAAAAAUUUUCAGCCAAAAGACGUUUAUACUAGAAAAGGUAAUAAUAUUAUUUAAUUAAUUUACGAAGAAUUGCCUUUAUACAUACAUGUCAUGCAUAUCUCGAAAAUUUCGAAAUAUGAUUAGACAAGCUUUUUAUCUCAAAUUUUUAUUUAUUUACUAAAUAUUUCCAGUAAACUUUCAAAAAGAGCGAAUAAUUUCUCAUAAAUAAUAUGAAAUGAAAUAAAA